GGAGACGUCACGUGAAUCUUCUCAUUUUUCACUUACUGUAGUAAAUCUUAUUUUUCGUUAUUAUGGACGACGCAGUUUCUGAUGAUUUCAAAACAACAAACAUCGCUGCUAAAACAGGACAAAACGUCACUCUGCUAUGUGAAAUUGAAGAUAAAACACACAUGUGGAAGUGGGUAAAGGCUAAGGAGAAGGAAGUUGUGUUUUUUUUCCGUGAUGGUCAUGUUCAAUCAGAAGGCCAGCAUCCAGCUUAUCUAAACCGGGUUUUUUCUCUCAUGAAUGCUACAUUGGGGGAUGUGAUUCUGACGAAUGUGAUGACUAAUGACACUGGAACAUACGAGUGUCGUGGCUUCGUGAAUGAAACAAGGUCAUGGAAGCCCAUCAACAUCAUCAACCUGAGAGUUGUUGAUCCUCCAGCUCAGACAGGAGGAUCCAUUGGACCGAUCGUUGCUACAAUAGUUUGUGCUGUGCUUCUUGUUGCUGCUGUUGGUGGUUUUUGCAUCUACAGACGUAGACAACCGAGAGGGGAAAGAAACCAUGAUCUUGCUGAGCAGCUGUAGGUUGAAAUGUGGCAGAGCUUUUUUUUUCCUCCACCUGAUCUGCAAGUCUCUUGCUGCUCUUCCAGCUUUUCAGAGGUGACGCUGAGCAUGCAGGUUAUAGACAUUUGACAAUGUCCUGAAAUUAAUUAAAUUAAUGUCCACGGCAUCCAAAAUCUGCUGUUAAGCAUCUUUGUGAACUUAAACUAAACUUUGUGUAUCACAAAUUUUUUAGAAGACUAAACUUCUCUUUGUACAGUGAGGUUUACUCACUACUUUAUGCUCUGACCUCUGCCUCGCACUGAACUUUCCUUUAAAUAUCAAACUACCUGCUGCUUUACUUUAAAUGAAUAAAACACUCAUAUUUAUAUCACAGAAGCUUGUAACCUUUAUUAGAUACACCCUUAAGCACUGUGCGCACUUAUUCCCUUUGUUAUAGAAGUUUAGAAAUAAAUAUAUCAAAUAUAAUGCACAUUACAAUAGCAUGAAAAUGAAUCUUUUUUUGUCAGAAACUUUCUGACCAUUUUUGGGACUUUCUGUUUAUGUUUCUACUGUAAAAAUGCCUUCAGAUGCUUGUUGUUAUUUCCUGGUGCUCCAUAAAUAAUCCUGCAGGAACAGGUACAUAGCACUUUUAAAAACAACAACUUUGGUCAAAAGUGAUGUUUAUUUAAAUCAAUCAAAAGGGAUAAAAACAAAUUCAAUUAAAAUUAAAGAGAGGAAGCAUAAAAUGAGAAAAUUUGAGUAAGAAAAAACACAAGUAGAAAUAACUCAUUCUGAUUUACAAGCCAAAGAAUAAAAGUGAGGUUUUUCAAACAAGUUUGAAAAAGCUUGAUGUUGGGGAGGUCCGAUAGUGAAGAAGCAGUUUGUUUCACAGUUUACGAGCAGUCACAGCAAAGGCCCGAUCUCCUCUGUGCUUUAAUCUAAACCUUGGGACAGUAAGUAUAAUUACAGAAACUGAGUGAAAUGACAUAAGAACACUGGGUGAGGACGUGAAUGAUAACAGAAGUAAUGUAGAUUGCAGAAGGUCAUUAGCCUGGGCAAUCGUCUGUAAAAUUCAUGGUUCAACUACAGGUGAACGACAGAGAUGAUAGCCCUGUUUACCUGCCCUGUGAACCCUAUUUAUGUUGUUUUUAACUUUAUGUCUGAUCCUGUUUGUAAUUUUAAUGCUGUAUUUCCAUUAGCUGUGAAAAAGCUUAAUUGGGCCUAUUUAUAUAUUAGUUAUUAGUUUUACUAGAGCUUUCUUGUAAUAAAUUGUAUUAUUGAAUAUUGGCCUGUGACCCUGAUGAGGACAAGUUGAAUAGAUGGAUUGUGACUGUUAUCACAUGUUCAUUAAUCAGUGUUUUACUGCUAUUUGAUGUACAAAAACGUCAAAACUUCUCCAUUAAUUUACUUAGUUUCUCUGUUACUAAUAAACUUCAUAAUUUGCGACAA